CUCCCCACCACUUUCUUCCCACUUGCAGUGUUUCAUCUCCUCCGAUCCCCUAUCUUCUUCUUCUUCUUAAAAAUCAAGAAAAAAAAGUAUAUAUAUAUAUUGAUCUGCGGGCAAAUGGCGAUGAGGAAAGUUUUGGGCGGACCGGGGCAAAAGAGGAGCGGGAUAAUACUGAGGACUCUGCAGGGUCUACUUUCCCUGGUUUCCUUGGUGGCUCUUAUUUCGAGACCUUCUAAGUUCAUUGGCAUUUCAGCUCUGUGCUACUUAGCAGUGUCACAAGCUGUCCAAAUCAUAUGGAGCUUCCUUGUUGUGUGCAUGGAUUACAAGUCUGCGGACUGCGGUGCACGGGACCAAAAUACCCUCCCGACUUCGCGUGAGGUUCACUGCAUUUUUCGACUCGUGUGUUGGCCCUUUGUCUUUUGCAUCUGCAACGGCAUCGGCAGCGGUAGUGCAUUGGCUGUUGGAGACAUCAUCACAUCUGCUUAAACUCAUCAUUCCCCCUUCUCUAUGUGUCACAAUUGUCGUAGUGUUUGUUUUGUUGUUUUUGAAAAAAAUUAAGGAUGAGUUC